AUCUGCAGCAGUCACAGUUGAAGCUGUCGCAAGCAACACCUCUCAGACGGAACGGGGGCAUCACCAGCGAAACGGGACGCGCCAACGCUGGGCUCAGGCACAGCACACAGCAUCUUCCACACCGUUGUUAUCGAUAUCUAGCGCGCGUCUUAUCAGCUCUCCACCAGUGCCUAUCCCGAAUACCUCCCUACCCACCUACCGUAGCUACGUUAGCUACCUGAACUGCCCUGUCCUCCCUCGAAUGCGAUUCUAUACUCGAGAACAUAUACAUCUCCCGUGAUCCCAUAAUCAUGCCACCGUGAAUCGAGGAAAAGCCCCCCAUUGCCAUGUACCACAACCAGGGCAAAAUCAUGCGCAAGCUACUCAGCAAACAUGCGACAGACUCGCGCGAGUCCACGGCCUCGGCGACUGUCACCAGCUCUCCCUCCAAUAACUACCGACCAAUCGCCCCCCAAAAUGUCAGCUACAAGACGGGUGCACCCCUGUCCUGCCUGGACCAGUCGCCUGACGGGAGAAGCGCUGUCCUGGCCAGCCACCAUGUGCUGAAGCUGAUCAAGCUCGACGGUGGACUUCGAGUACAAGAGGAAGUCGACUUGCGCGCAAUCCUGACCUCGCAGCCUGCGCACCGUAACAAUGUUCCUACUGGUGCCGUGGCCGACCAGUUGUCUAUCCAGGAUGUCAAGUGGGGGAGUGUUAUCAACAGGGAAGUCCUCUUCACGGCCUGCACCAGCGGCAUCAUCUUUCAGUACGAUGUGAACCGGGCCAAGGCUACAAGGGUCGGCGCGCCUCUUGAAUUCAUCCAGAUGCGGGAGGACUCUCGCCAGGUCAACUCUCUCGACUUGAAUCCCCAUCACUCUUCAUGGCUCUUGUCUGGAAGUCAGGACGGUCUGUUGCGGUGCUUCGAUGUGCGCACGCCUGUUAACACCAGGACGUGGCCAACAUACCGUGCUCUCCAAUCCUUCAAGUCACACGCGGAUGGUGUCAGGCAUGUCCAGUGGUCGCCCAAGGACGGCUUCCUAUUUGCCUGCGGGACAGAGCAAGGGAUGGUGCUGAAGUGGGACAUGCGGAAACCAAGCUCCCCUAUUCUGAGGAUCAAUGCCCACGAAAAGGCCUGUACCUCGAUUGCAUGGCACCAGGAUGGCACCCAUCUUGUCAGUGCUGGGCUGGAUAGCAAGUGCAACAUCUGGGACAUGUCCAAGACGGACAAGAGACAGAAGCCAAAGUAUGUUAUAUCAACACCUGCCCCCGUUGGCUCACUGGCAUGGCGGCCUGGCCAAUGGUCGGCAACAGUACAGGGCAAGCGGGCCUCGCAGCUCGCAGUGUCCUACGAUGAAAGCGGCAUGAAGCGGUUUGGCAUGAAUUCAGUUCACAUCUGGGACCUCGCUCGCCCUACCAUGCCCUACAAAGAAAUCCAGAGGUUCGACUACGCACCCAACUCCAUUCUCUGGCACGACCAAUACCUCCUCUGGACCGCUGGCCGUGACGGCUUCCACCAGUGUGACGUCUCCUUUGCGCCCAAGGUCAUGGACCGCCAAACAAUGUCGGCCUUUGCCUUUUCCUCACAAGGCGAGGUCGCCAUGUGCUUGGACGAGCGACCUAUGCCCACCCGCCCCCGACCCAACAUUGUUCACCAUGACAAUGCUUCCACUCACGGAGAAACAUCUUACAGCUCGAGCCCCACUACUCCAAGAUUCAGCGUCAGUCGCAGUGAUUCCGAGGAUGACGCUGUUGGCAGCUUCUUGGGCCCCAGCCAGCCAGGCAACGGCAGCCGCAAACGCAGAGCGAGCAUGCGAUCUGCGAAUAACCUCAGCACCACACCACCUGUUGGGGCUUCCAUGGGCGAGACACUGUCACUGGAAGACACGAUCGAAGUGACGGGUACAUACCAGCCAAAUCAAGCCAUGGCCAUCGGCACAUAUCCGGGCCCUACCAAUGCUGAGGUAGAUGUCUAUCUCAGCCUCAACUACCUCCAGGCCAUCCAUCUAGAGCUACCUUACAAACCCGGUGGGCCGUCUUUGCCAGAGCGGAUGACGACCAUCUUGGACCACUUUGCCAAAGCUGCCGCCAGAGUUAGGCUUUCAAGACUGUCACACACCUGGAUGAACCUCCUCUUCCUGAUCAAGCUUCUCCUCGAGCGUCGCGCACAGUACCACCUCGAGUUUCGGAUGGACAAGUACCAAAACUCAACCAUCAAAAAGAAAGAUGCGGCUAGACAUCGGUCACUGGGCAAGCUCCGUGCCGAACUACCCAGCUUUGGGAUUGGCGGGGAAGCAAGCCCACGGAAGAUGGCCUCUCUGGCAAGUUUCGACCGGGUCCUUCAUCCACGAUCACUUUUAUCUGAAGAGCUCGAAAGCACCUCCAAUCAACCUACCCCGCUGGCUCGCCCGGUUCCCGAUACACAAGUUAUCCAGAUUGAUGACAAUGGGCGCAAGAAGCUCACACCCAUCAUCGAACCAGAGAGCUUCACGCUGCCUCCGGCGGCCCAUUCUCGCACCCUCGAGCCCAGGCCCCGACUAGAUUCAGUGCCCCUGUCGGUCACCAGUCAUGACAGUGAGGCCACCAAUGCCAGCACCGAGGGCUACGACUUUUAUGACGCCGAGGCCCUCAACUUUCGAGAGCCCGGCUCGCCCAGCCGUGUUCGAAAGCCGCCCGUUUUGCGACAUGAUUCGGAUGAUAGUUUCACCCGACUCUUUUCCGUCUCGGACGAAAGCAGGGAGGCGACUGGCCUUGUCCGGACCUCGGACAGCGACACGUCGUCGCAGGUCAUGAGGGAGGCCAUUGUGGCCGCCAUUCGGCGCGACCAGCCAAGUGCCAGCGGAAGCGGAAGCGAAGACGGCGAAUACGAAAGCCGCAUCCGUGGCAAACAGAUCGCUGCCAGAGACUCGCCUGGCCGUCAUCCAGAGCGGCAAUUGCUUCAGCGUACCGAGACUGACAUGACAUCGUACACUGCCUUUACCGAUGAGCACCACGCCAUCACUCAGACCACCACCGACAGUUUCGAGUCGCGCUUCCCGUCACAGACAACGGAUGGCGGCUUUGGCGUGGACUCUCCAGUCCGACAGAGCGGUAUUGAGUCUCCUGGGCAGCCACAGGGGCUGCUGUCUGUCGAGGCUGACUUGUCCCCCGAAGAUGAUUUGUCCCCCCAUAUUGUAGAGACGGAUUACCUCCACUGGCCCGGCGACCCAAGCUACCCGCACUUGCUCUGGUCCUCGAAUGGAUCAUUUGGGACUUGUGAAAACUUAAUCCAACCCGAGCAGCAGAUUGCAGCCACGCUGGCCUACGAAGUUCGCAAGACAGCCCGUGACGCGGCCGCCAUCGUCCUGCUGUUCAAGCCCCUACUUGCGCCUGAUGUCCUUGACUCUUUUCAAGCGGCGGCUAUCCUCAAGCAACACCACCAGCGUCUGAUGAAGCUCCAGGCUUUUACCGAGGCGGCUCUCAUGCGCAAAAUGUGUAUGAAGGGAUGGCCUGGAGGGGUGCUGUCCAACUGGGGCGAGAACCACCCGAAUGUCAUUAGCCCGGCUCAACGAGGUGUCCAGGUUGGCCUCCUUUGUUCCAGCUGCCGGAAGCCGAGAGAGAUUGACCGAUUCAAGGGGUCAAAUGAGACCAUCUGGAUGUGUGAACGUUGUAAGGCCAGCAUGGCCCCUUGUGCUGUCUGUCAACAGCGUCAUAUCGCUCCCACGCCCGGCUCGCGGGGCAAUACGAAGGAAGGUGAUGAGGAGCAGCCGGUGUUGGCUACCUGGUGGAUUUGUCCUGGCUGCGGUCACGGUGGACAUUCUAGCUGCCUCCAGCUUUGGCAUGAAGGGUUUGAGAACGAAUGCAGUUCCACCGACCCGGAUAUUCUUGCCGAGUUCCAGAGUGAUGGUUAUUGUCCCAUGGAUGGGUGUGGACACACAUGUCUGCCCGGAAAGGGAAGGCUCGAGACAGCUGCGGCCAGGACAGAAGAGGUUGGUCGGGCGGCAGCGAGGGAGGCAACGCGCAAUGCAACCAGCAUGAAGGCGUCUGCAGACACGGAGAGCAUAGUGGGCGGUCUCCAAGGCCACCAUCAUCCUCACCCACCUCACCAGUACCGCACCACGGGAAGCGGCAAGAUCUUGGAUGACCAGCACCACCACUACCCUCACUAUCCUUCCCACGGGGUCAGUAUUUCGAAUGAUGAGCACAGCGUACCCCAAAGCAGGGCGGUAGAGAGCGUUAGGGAGUCUCUGGCCAGCAUGGGCAUCUCUUCUCAUUCUCAUGGCGGCAGCAGCAGCACAAGACACAGCACGCCAGGAGCCAGCAUCUUGAGCUCGAGCCCGGGCAGCAGGUCGUCAAUGAUAGCUGCUGCUGAUAGGGCGAGUGGCGGUCACGGUGGUGGGGAUGGCAGGGAGCGGAGGAAGAGCGUCAAAUUUGUUGCGCAGGAGGAUACCGAACAUUGA